UGUGUGUCUAUGUUUACGAUCGUCGUGCUCCACGUGCUGCGUGUGGAUGCGCUCCUCGCGCGCUGUCGGUAACAGAAACCAUGACUGGCGCGCCACGCGACCCCUUCUACUCAUCUCCUGUCCGUCCGUUUUACCGGAGACACGCGCCCUACCCGGUGCAGCCGGAGUACCGGAUGCACGAGCUCAACAAACGGCUCCAGUCCCGGCCUGAGGACUGUGAUAUUCUGUGGUGGGAUGCAUUCUGCACUGAGUUCUUUGAAGAAGAUGCCACACUGACUCUCUCAUUCUGCCUGGAGGAGGGACCAAAGACGUACACCAUCGGGCGCACCCUGAUCCCUCGUUACUUCAGUUCUCUGUUCGAAGGAGGAGUCUAUGAGUUGUUUUUUGAGCUGAAACAAACAAAGGAGUCGUUCAACAACUCAGCUAUUACUGUCGACUCUCAUCACUGUACUAUGACAACACAACACGGCAAACCUACGUUCACUAAGGUGUGUACAGAAGGUCAUCUUAUUCUUGUGUUCACCUUUGAUGACCUCAUGAGAAUCAAAACAUGGCACUUCACUAUCACACACUACAGUGAACUCAUUCCUCGCAGUGUCUUGGCUGUAAAUGCACAAGACCCUGGAGCCCUGGAACAACUGUCCAAAAACAUCAGUCGAGUGGGACUUACCAACCUCACGCUGAACUACCUCAGAUUGUGUGUGAUUCUAGAGCCGAUGCAGGAGCUCAUGUCUAGGCAUAAGACAUAUGGACUGAGUCCCAGAGACUGCCUGAAGACCUGCCUCUUUCACCAGUGGCAGAGGAUGACAACACCACCAGUUGGACCCUCGCCCAGCUUCAAGACAGAAAUAUUUCCCUCUAAUUCCAAAAAAUCAGAGCCAGCCAAACCAGCAACAAAGAGACGGAGGAGGAGGAACUCAGCUGGUAGCGCGUCCAAUAACAGCACAGGAAACAGCAAGAAGCGCAGCCCAGCCAAUAACUUCAGCCUACCAUCACAGCCAGCCAAACCAGCAACAAAGAGACGGAGGAGGAGGAACUCAGCUGGUAGCGCGUCCAAUAACAGCACAGGAAACAGCAAGAAGCGCAGCCCAGCCAAUAACUUCAGCCUACCAUCACAGGAUGUGAUGGUGGUAGGGGAGCCCUCUCUAAUGGGAGGGGAGUUGGGUGACGUGGACGAGCGUUUGAUCACACGCCUCAAGAACGAACAGUACGACCCCAUCAACGGUCUCCAUGAUGACGGUCUCCAUGACUACACCAACUCACCGACACUUGGAAACGGCAGCUCCUGAAAUGGCCAGCACCCUAGCAACCAAGACAGUAAGCCUGAUACCAUGGCAACGCAGCAGUUGGAGUAAUGUGAUCUGACAUUGGGUAGCUAUGGCAACGGUGCUGUCAAGGGAUGGGGGUAUUUUCAACUGUAGAGGAGAAAUUGCAGGAGAGAAGGUGUGUGUGCGCGCGUGUGUGUGUGCAUGCUAGCGUUUAUGUUGGUGUGACACGGUAUUCCAUACUUGAGACAUACAGCUUCAACCAUUUAGUUUAAGUAUUC